GCUUGUCCCCGCUCGGCGAGCUGGGUGUCCUGGGCGGCGGCGGCGGUGGGUUCCCUGCCUCAUGUCCGCAGACCUUAGAGAGGCCUUAAACAGACCCCGCAGAGGCGGCGGCCGGCUUAGGUAGCGUCAACCUGACCCCUCGCGGCCGCGGCAGGAAAGCGGGCGCGCUUGGCUGGGUCUGAGGCGGCGGCGGGAACCGCUCAGCCUCUUGGACGUGCCUCCCUGCCUCCCCAGGGUCGGACGGAGCGCUCUUUUGGAACAUUGAUUCACCGAGUGACCUUGAGCUGCGCGCGACGUGUAGCUGCACUCCGCUGUUCAGGAACUUUGUGAGAAUUUCAGUAUAUGGAAACUCUGUCUGUGUUCCAACUGGUGUAUAUUCCAAAGGUCUCAGUGUAAUUCCAGGACUGGAAUAUUGCAUGUCAGUCAGCCAGCCAGCCAUAUACUUAAUGACUCCUAAACUCUCCUGGACUUCUAAGGAAACACCAUGGCUGUCGUGAUUCCCGGGUUGCUGCGAGGCUCUGUGGGAGCCGUCUGCGCUCAGGCUGCUUCGCGGAGGUUAACACCCAGCACUUUGCGCCGCCUUACUCUAAGCAGCGUAAUGAAAUCCCAAAGGAAAACUGAUCACUUGGAGAGAACCGCAGAUGUCGUUCGCCGGGAGGUCGUGUCGGCAGCUAAGGUAUGUGGAGCAGCUGACGAGUCCCCAUCGGUGAAGAGGCUCCGGCUGCGUGUUGCUGAUAAAGCCUUCUCUUUUAAAGCCGGCCAGUGGGUUGAUUUCUUUAUCCCAGGAGUCUCUGUGGUUGGUGGGUUCUCAAUAUGCUCCAGCCCCAGACUGCUAGAGCAAGAGAGAAUGAUAGAAUUGGCAGUGAAGUACACAAACCACCCUCCUGCUCUCUGGAUUCACAAUCAGUGUACGCUGGACUCUGAAGUGGCCGUGAGAGUGGGUGGAGAGUUCUGCUUUGACCCUCAGCCUGCAGAUGCCUCUAGAAACCUCGUGUUGAUUGCAGGAGGAGUGGGAAUUAACCCUCUGCUUUCCAUCCUGCGGCACGCGGUGGACCUCCACAGAGAACGGGCGAACACAGGACGUGGGUAUGAGAUUGGAACAAUCAGACUGUUCUACAGCGCGAAAAACACCAGCGAGCUCCUAUUCAAGGCUUUCUCUAGUUGCGGAGAGUGGGGGCUACUCUUUGUCGCAGUGCACAGGCUUCUCAUUGCAGUGGCUUCUCUUUUUGUGGAACACUGGCUCUAGGCGCAUGGGCUUUAGUAUUUGUGGCACCUGGGCUCAGUAGUUGUGGCUCAUGGGCUCUAGAGCGCAGGCUCAGUAGUUGUGGGCACGGGCUUAUUUGCUCUGCAGCAUGUGGGGUCUUCCCAGACCGUGGAUUGAACCUGUGUGCCCUGAAUUGGCAGGCGGAUUCUUAACCACUGCACCACCAGGGAAGUCACAGUGUCACAGAACUUUCUUCUCUCCAUUCUGUCUUCCCUGCAACAGUCCAAACCAAAGGCUUGAAAGGCUGAAUCACAUUCAAAUGAGAAUUAACCAACACAUCCUACCCAGGACAAUUUAAAAAGCUAGUGCUGAGGAGGCUCCCAGUGCAGUGAUAGGAGAGGGCAGGUCUGAGAGCUUGAAUCUGGAGGUGGGUGAGCAGAAGUCAGCGUGGUCCUGGGGUUCCCCAGAGAGUCAAGAGGCCUACGAGUGAGCUCAGGUCGCAUAGGAGUAGGUGAGACCCAGCUGGGUACAUGAAAUCCCCAUCGGUUGCAUCUGAGGAAACUAAGUCCAUUUGAUGGGAGAAGGCUUUCACUUUGGAUUGCUUUGCAGCUGCAAGGAUGAACAAAAGAACAGAAACAGUUAAAAGACACAACUGUGGUCAGUGAAACUGCUGCUUAAUUGCCCACGCCUGAGAAAAAGGAAAAAGAAAAAACUCCCGGAGAGUUCUUAAUAUGCUUGUUAGCAUAUUCAGAUUUCAAUUAAAGCCAAACAGCCCUCUGUACUCUGAAUGCUCUGGCCUGCUCGGCUGCAAACAGUCUCCCUCUGAGCAGAGCACAAGAGCAGCAGCCGUGUGCAGAAUGGCAGUGGGGGUUCGACAUCUGGGGGGGGGAUGCACAUCUGUUUUGAUUUUUUAAAAUUGUAGUGUGACCAGACAUGUUUGACAUUCCAGAAGAAUAUCCUCGAUGUAGUAAGUGAAUUUCCUGAGAAGAUUGCAUGCAGUUUGCAUGUUACAAAACAGACGACACAAGUCAGUGCAGACCUCAAGCCAUACAUCACGGGUGAGUCCCCUGAAGAUAUUUUGACUGUCUCCACGCCAUUAUUUUGUGGAUGUGCCAGUGGGUUGAGUGUAGAUGCUUUAUUGUUGAGAGUUGCUGGCUGGAAAUGUCACUACCUGGGGACCUGAGAGACAAUUCAUCGUGGAAAAAUGAGGAGAGAUUAGUUGGAUUUACUUAUUAUAUACAGAUCUGCUGCCCAUAUUAAAAAUUUAUUUUUUGCAUUUUUUAGGGGACCUCUGCGUCAUCCCCAUAGUAUGCGUACAAAGAAUGUAUACUCCGGCUUUGAUGGAAUCAGUUCCAUUUGCCAUUAAUAGUAAUUUAAAUUUCUCGUGGUUUCCCCUCCCUGGAAGGAGUUCUCACAAAGCAGUUUAUUUACUUUGCUGAAGGCAGCUUUGAAUCUUUCCCAGAGAUCAGUACCCCCCCGGCCCUGCGUGGGGGGUGCGUUAUGAUCAGCUGCCCUUGCUGCUGGCUGUGGGUUCAGGAAACCCGGAGAUGCACUCUCGGCGUGGGUCCGGCCGGACGCCUGCAGGAGCGGCAUGUG